GAUUGGUGCCGCUGACGUUUUGAUCUCAUCACUCAUCUCAUUUAUCAAAAACGUUACAAAUUGCAACUUCCCGACACAAGUUGAAGGAAAUUUGGCCGCUUCUCACUUUCACACCGAUCAAGAGCUUUCCUUGUCUUGUUCACUUCCAAGGACGUCCCUCUUAUACCACCAUACCUUUCCACCAUCUGUGAUUCUGUGAUCAUGAGUCAAGAGUCAAGGACACUAAAGUCGGUUUUUCAGGCUGCCGAGAAACAACGGAUAGCACUGGAAGGUACUUACGAGGCAAACUCGCCUACAUACCAGGAAGACCUAGCCAAUACUAUAGAGCUGUAUCACGAAUGCACUCAAAUCAUCAAUAAGAUUUCCUUAUUCAGCCCUAACGAAGAGCUUGAGGACAUUGCUACAUCUGACCUCCCUUAUUUAUUGGUUAAUUAUCGCAUCGCCGAGUUACUUCAAAAGGUCACAACAGCAGCACCUCUGGGAAGAAAGACGGUGUUGAAAAGCACUAGAGAGGGAUAUGAACAAUUUCUGCAUCUUCUUGACAACUAUUCGAUAUUAUCUUCAUCAGACAAAAAGCUCUUCACUGAAUACAAUGAAGACCCUGCAACCUUCUCUACAAUAUCAACUACCGAUCCUUCGGCUAGACGAAAUGCCAAGAUUGCCAACUUCAAGAUGGAAAAGGAGUUGAAGAACAAGCUGGCGUACAUGCAAAGUUCUCCACGGUAUCUAGAGGAUGGGGGAGACGAGGAAGCUGUCCGCGAACUAUAUCUCACGAACAUAGCUUUCUGCACGCAUAUGGCAUUUCAAGGCCUGGAGGGUAUCAACCGGGAGAUGGAGAUACUGGCGCAUGCGCCGAUUCCCUUGAUGCAAACAGAAAAGACAGUCGAAUAUGAUGAGAGACGUCGCAGGGCAUCACUGAACAACGAAGGAUACUCGGACAGGUUGGAUCUACCCCUGAGCAGCCUGUCAAGUAACGGCCCGCUUCUCAGCAAAGAAGGAAAGCCUCUACGACCUUUCGUUCUCACUUCUAACCGAGAAGAGCUUCAGAAGGGAGUAUUUCGUCCAGGUCACAAUCUCCCUACCAUGAGCAUUGAUGAAUACCUAGACGCAGAGCGAAGGAGAGGGAAUAUUAUCGAGGGUGGUGGAGAGGCUAGUAUGAGGCAGCCAGAGCCGGAUGAGGAUAAUAUCGAAAAAGCGGACGCUGAAACGAUGAAGGCGCGAGAGUGGGAUGAAUUCAAGGAACAGAAUCCCCGUGGAAGCGGAAAUACGCUGAAUAGAGGUUAAUUAAGUGUAAGGUUGAUAGUAAAAAGGCCACGAUAUCCCAUGGUUUCCAUAAAAUAGCCAUACUGUGGGAAGGACUUCACCAGGUUAUCUCCUUGUAUGAAUAUUCUUGUGCUUCUAACCGUAUAUGCUCUAUCACAAGAUAUCACUCUAAAAGUAUCAUAAAUGUACCCGAAA